AAAUUCUCAAAGAGUGUUCAGUAGGAAUUUAGAGUCUGCUCGAGGUGGAUAGAGAGACAAUUUUUAGGCAGAAUUUCUGUGUUGUGAAACAAUGUCCCGAUCAUCUCCUCACAAUUAUGGGGAAUAUAGUAAGUUGGAUUGGGUACCAAUCACCAUGACCCUGGUGGAAUACCCAAAAGGUGAUAUAAUAGGUGAAUUGCUUGCGUGGUUGAGUUUAGCACCGAUGGCAAUUCUGGCUGGUUUUGUAACGUUAAUCCUCUUCCGGAGGGAUUUGCACACAAUAUCGUUCUUCCUGGGAAUUGUGCAAAAUGAAUUUCUCAACAAGGUCCUAAAACACACAAUCCAAGAACCUCGUCCACUCCUAAGACCACAUCCGUACACAGAAUACGGAAUGCCAUCGAGUCACUCCCAGUUUAUGUGCUUCUUCUCAACCUAUAUACUAUUAUUUGUUUUAAUAAGACUGCAUCACAUGAACAACAAUUCUCCAAUGGAGAGAGCAAUGCGAAUACUUGUUCUUGCCGUCUGUUGGUUAGCAACAGUUCUAGUCUGCUUCGGUCGCAUUUACUUGCAAUACCAUUCGGCAGCACAAGUGUACGUGGGUGCCGCUGUUGGCAUUUGCACAGGAGCCCUCUGGUUCACACUGAUACAUUUCUUCCUGUCACCCUACUUCCCACGCAUUGUAUCAUGGAAACUCUCUGAAUUCCUUCUGCUGAGAGACACAACACUCAUACCCAAUGUACUCUGGUUUGAGUACACAGUCACAAGGCAAGAAGCACGUGCGAGGUCUCGAAAGUUAAUCAGCAUGAAAUCACAGUGACAUCGUUGGCUCUAUCGAUAAUGGAGAGUGAGUAGCAAUUUCUUUCCCUAAAUAUUCUGGCUGUUUUUUUUUUGUUUUGGGAUUAAGCAACACAAAUAACUGAUAUGACACAGUAAUAAAUAAAAAAGAAUAAGUUAGAUAAGGUUUUAUCAGGUUAGGAAAAAAACAAUACUAAUGUACUCAACAUCGCAAUUGUUUUCAUAAUUUUCUUUUUUUAUAUAAUGAAAUAGUAAGAAAUAAUAAUAAUGUAAUAAGAAUUUUUCUUAAGGAAUAUUUAACACUUGUCAGUUUUUUUUUAAUGUAAAUUUUAGCUAUUUAUUGAGAUAGAAAAAAAAUUAGAAGAAGGAACAAAAGGCAUAUAUAGUAAGUUAAAAAUUAACAUUUGUGCACAAAGCGUUCACACCGAAAGAGUCUGACUUUUAAAUACAUCGCGAAAUAGUUUAUCUUCAAAAUAAAAAGAAUAUAUUUCGUAAUUUAUUUCUUUAAAUAUAAAAAGAGGAAAAAAUUAGCUUUUUACAAUUAAACGGAAACACAAUAAAAUUAAAUAGAUUGAAAUGAGGUCUAGUAAUUAUAUAUUCAAAUUAAAUCUUAAAUAUUUCGCAAUUUGCAGGCAUGUUUAACUAUUAGGAUCUUAUUUUAUAAACAAAAAAAAUGUGAUGGAGUUUCAGAUAUUAUUUAAUAAAUUAACAAAA